UUCUCCGGGGAUGCUGCCCGUCGUUUUUUGCCUGUUGCCACCAGCAACAGUCUCAGCAACGGCCGGUUCCCGUUGCUAUAGUAGCAAUACACAAAUCCUUAAUCACUUUCGCAACAACCUGACCCUUCGCAACAACCUGACCCUUCCCCAACUGCUUCUUCAUCUCUUUCCUUCAGAUCCUUACUCCCGACUCUGAAGUUCUUACGUGUUUUGGGGGUGGAAGAGGAGUAUUUUAAGAGAUCUGGGAGUCAGCUCUGGAUUUGACCAACUUUCACCUUAAGGAGUCUCAGCCUCAGGAAGGAAGAUGUCUGAUGAUGAGGACUUGGAAGAAUAUGAUCCAGACCAGGAUGAACCAGAGGAGGAAAAAGAGGAUAGGGAGGCAGAAGAAGGAGAAGAGAGGGAGGGAGGAGAAGAAGCUGAAGAGUUCCUCCCCAAUCCCAUCACAGAAGAUGCAAUGAAGGAAGGUCUCGCUCUGCUCUGCAAGACAGGCAAUGGACUCUCCCAUGCUUACGUGAAGCUGGAGGCCAAGGAUAAGGAACUGACUGACAUUUCUCUGCUGUCCUCCUACAUCCACCUGCGUUAUGUGGAUCUGUCUGGGAACCGACUGUCGGACUUGUCACCACUCAACAGCCUGACUCACCUACUCUGGCUCAAGGUCGACCACAACCGGCUACAGAGUGCCCAGAUGGUAGAGCUGCCCUACUUGCAGAUUGCCAGCUUUGCCUACAACCAAAUCACUGACACUGAAGGCAUCAGCCAUCCCAGAUUGGGCAGCCUGGACCUCAAAGGGAACAACAUCAAGAAGAUAACGGGCCUAGACCCCCAAAAGCUGGUGAACCUACACACACUAGAGCUCCGAGGGAACCAGCUGGAAAGCACACUGGGAAUCGAACUCCCUAAGCUGAAAAAUCUCUUCUUGGCCCAGAACCAGCUGAAGAAAAUAGAAGGACUUGAAGGGCUGAAUUAUCUCACUACAUUGCAUCUUCGGGACAACCAGAUCAGUGAUCUGAGUGGCUUCUCUAACGAAAUGAGGUCCCUGCAGUACCUCAAUCUUCGGGGGAACAUAGUGACAAAUCUGUCAGAAUUGAUUAAGCUUAGAGAUUUGCCCCGACUUCGGGCCCUGAUCCUCUUGGAGAACCCAUGCACGGAUGAAACUGACUACAGGCAAGAAGCCCUCAUACAGAUACCCCAACUAGAACGCCUGGACAAGGAAUUCUAUGAGGAAGAGGAACGGGUAGAGGCGGAUGAAAUUAGACAGAGGAUGAAGGAAGAGCAAGAACAGGACAUGGAACAAGACCUGGAUCCGUAUGCAGAUAAGGAGGACCCAGAUGAAAAUGUCCUCUGAGGUUUCAGUGCCAUACUGGUCUCCCCAUCACUUUCUUCUUUCCCUUGGAAAGAGCAUAUCUUUAGUCCAUCCUUGGAGGAAGAGGACCCGUUCAUUCUUCCUCCCCUUGGAUCCCAGGAAUUGGAAGCACCUACUGCUCAGGAUCUGUGAAA